CCCUUGAUAUAUUAAUAGACCGGAAUCUGCCGCGCCGCGCCGCCGCCACCCACGCGUGCGUACCUCUCUCCUCCGUGUCGCCGGCGAACCCGCCGCCGCCCCAUCACCGGCGGCGACGUCCGCCCGGCCGCGCGCCGCCAUUGCCCCGACCAUCAACAGAUUGAUCGAGGCGUAGAGUAGAAGCUUCUCCUCGGCGACCAUGGAGAGAACCCUACUGAACCCGCCGCCGUCUCUCCGAUCGCCGGCAUGCCGUACCACCACCGCCACCAGGAUCAGGCCCUCCUCCUCCAUGGCUACUAUGAUCCCAACGCCUCCGCCGAUGCGGCACGCCCGCCUCGUCAAGGCAUCGGCCGCGGGCCGGCGAGAGCUCCACGCUCCCCCGAUCGCGCCGCCAAUAUUACUCGGCCUCCGUUCACCCGCGGCGGCGUCGUACGGGCGUGCGAGCGGCGGCGGCGGGAGGAGGAGGGGGGCGCGGGUGGUGGCGAGGAUGGGGUUCGACAUGUUCACGGACAAGGCGAUCAAGGCGAUCAUGAUGGCGCAGGAGGAGGCGCGGCGGCUGGGGCACCACGCCGCCGGCAGCGAGCAGCUCCUCCUCGGCGUCAUCGGGGAGGGCACCGGCAUCGGCGCCAAGGUGCUCAGGGGCGCCGGGCUCAGCCUCAAGGCGGCGCGCGCCGAGGUGGAGAAGAUGGCCGGGAGGGGCCCCGGCAUGGUCCCCAUGGAGAUCAAGUUCACCCCCGCCGCCAAGAACGUCCUCCAGGCCUCCCAAGAAGAAGCGCACCAGCUAGGGCAUAACUAUGUUGGAUCUGAACACCUCCUACUUGGGUUGCUCCGUGAGCAUGGUGCCGCGCUUGUUGUGCUGAAGAACUUUCAGGCUGAUCCCAGCAACAUCCGCAGUGAGGUUAUCCGAAUGAUCAGUGACACCUCUGAAGAUCAUCAACCUGUUAGUGCUGCAGUUGGGGGAGGAAGCAGUACAACUAAGAUACCCACACUUUUAGAGUAUGGUACUAAUCUGACAAAACUAGCAGAGGAGGGGAAGCUGGAUCCUGUUGUCGGAAGGCAAAACCAGGUUGACCGUGUAGUGCAGAUUCUCGGCAGGCGGACCAAGAACAACCCCUGCCUGAUUGGAGAGCCUGGAGUAGGGAAAACAGCGAUCGCGGAAGGGCUCGCGCAGCGCAUUGCUGCAGGAAAUGUGCCUGAAACAAUCGAUGGGAAAACGGUUAUCACCCUUGAUAUGGGUCUACUUGUUGCUGGUACAAAAUACCGUGGUGAGUUUGAGGAGAGAUUGAAGAAGCUGAUGGACGAAGUGAAGCAGAAUGGUGAGAUAAUUCUCUUCCUUGAUGAAGUUCACACCCUGGUGGGUGCUGGAGCAGCUGAAGGGGCCAUCGACGCUGCCAACAUCCUGAAGCCAGCGCUAGCAAGAGGUGAACUACAGUGUAUUGGAGCCACUACCAUUGAUGAAUACAGAAAGCACAUUGAGAAAGACCCAGCACUGGAGAGGCGUUUUCAGCCUGUCAAGGUCCCUGAGCCAACUGUUGAUGAGACCAUAGGAAUUCUCAAAGGUCUCCGGGAGCGAUAUGAGAUCCAUCAUAAGGUCCAGUAUACUGAUGAGUCGUUGAUCGCAGCUGCUCGGCUCUCAUACCAGUACAUCAGUGAUCGUUUCCUCCCGGAUAAAGCAAUUGACUUGGUUGAUGAAGCAGGUUCUCUUGUCAGGCUGCGAAAUGCCCAGCUACCUGAUGAAGCUAAAGAACUCGAGAAGAAGCUCAAGAAGAUCAUGGCAGAGAAGAGCGAAGCCAUCCGAAGCCAAGACUUCGAGAAGGCGGGAGCGCUUCGCGGCGAGGAGGUGGAGCUCAAGUCGGAGAUCAUGUCGCUGGUCGACAAGAGCAAGGAGAUGAGCAAGGCGGCGGUGGACUCCGGCGAGUCGCCGGGGCCGACGGUGACGGAGGCGGACGUCCAGCACAUCGUCUCCAGCUGGACCGGCGUCCCCGUGGAGAAGGUCACCGUCGACGAGUCGAGCCGUCUCCUCGCCAUGGAGUCGUCGCUGCACCGGCGCAUCGUCGGCCAGGACGAGGCCGUGACGGCGAUCAGCCGCGCCAUCCGCCGCGCCCGCGUCGGGCUCCGCGACCCGCGCCGCCCGAUCGCGAGCUUCAUCUUCGCCGGGCCGACGGGGGUCGGCAAGUCGGAGCUCGCCAAGGCGCUGGCGGCGUACUACUACGGCUCGCCGGAGGCCAUGGUGCGGCUCGACAUGAGCGAGUUCAUGGAGAAGCACACGGUGGCGAAGCUGGUGGGCUCGCCGCCGGGGUACGUCGGCUACGCCGAGGGCGGCCAGCUGACGGAGGCGAUCCGGCGGCGCCCCUACGCCGUCGUGCUGUUCGACGAGGUCGAGAAGGCGCACCCCGACGUGUUCAACAUGAUGCUCCAGAUCCUCGACGAUGGCCGGCUCACGGACAGCAAGGGGAGGACGGUGGAUUUCAAGAACUCGCUCAUCAUCAUGACAUCCAACGUCGGCAGCGGCGUCAUCGAGAAGGGCGGGAGGCAGCUCGGGUUCGCCGGCGAUGGCAGCGGCGACGGCGGGUACGGGGUGAUCAAGAACAUGGUGGAGGAGGAGAUGAAGCGCUACUUCAGGCCGGAGUUCCUGAACCGGCUGGACGAGAUGAUCGUGUUCCGGCAGCUGACGAAGCUGGAGGUGAAGGAGAUCGCCGGGAUCAUGCUCGCCGAGGUCACCGGGCGGAUCGGCGGGAAGGGGAUCGGGCUGCAGGUGACGGAGAGGUUCAAGGAGCUCGUCGUCGAGCAAGGCUUCGACCCGAGCUACGGCGCGCGGCCGCUGCGCCGGGCCAUCAUGCGGCUGCUGGAGGACACGCUCACGGACAAGAUGCUCGCCGGGGAGAUCUGCGCCGGCGACUCGGUGAUCGUCGACGCCGACGGUGACGGGAACGUCGUCGUGGUCGGCCGGCGCAGCGCCGGCUUGCCGGACCUGAAAUCGCCGGCGUUUACUGUCUAGGAUUACUACUACGGCUGCUGCAUUUUCAGCUAUUACUAUCUUUUUGUGUUUGUGUAUACAUUAGCUAGGGAUAAACUGUCAUAGUAUUUCUUAUCUUUUUUUUUGAAAAAAAAAAACCUAUUAUUAGCAUCUUGGUAGAGAGACAGAUGGUAGGAAUAGCUUAGUUAAUCUUACGCACUCAAUUCUUUUAUGGUUGAUGCACUUUAAUUCCUUUGUUAGGAAUCUCAAAAGUUAUCUUCAUAUUCUUGUAGUCCCAUUUUAGUGCUUGCGAAGAUCCUGUUUUUUUUUCUGAUUUGAACACAUUUUGUUAUUCAAAUAUCUUACAUUUUCCAUGGAUUAACUCUCAUUUCUACAAGAGAUCGGCAAUGUUGAUCGCCA